CGUUCCACUUGUCAGAUCUUACUACAAGUAUCUCUUGCUCUUCACAUCCUAGAGUGCCUGCAGAAUGUGAGGCUUCUCCCGCCAGUUAUACGCCAGUUCUCUCACUCUCGUCUCUUCAACCACUUGGAACUAUGGGCACCUCAGUGGUAAUUACAAGGGAAGACAUGGAUUCCAAGUGCAUCUUACAGACCUCUGAAGAAUGUAGCCUGACCAUCUUCCAAAACAGCGCUUUCCCAAACAUCUCUUACUUUUGGGAAAACAACACUGACUUCCUUGAUUUUCACGGAAACGGCACUGUGAGCACCCUGAUCCCAUUCAUAAUUACCGCUGUCUACUCGAUGGUUUUCGUAGUGGGGUUAGUGGGCAACUGCCUAGUUAUGUACGUGAUUAUCAGGCACACCAAGAUGAAGACAGCUACCAAUAUCUACAUUUUCAAUCUUGCUGCAGCAGAUGCUCUAACAACAAGCACAAUGCCAUUCCAGAGUGCCUACUAUUUAAUGGGGUCAUGGCCAUUUGGAGAUGUGCUAUGUAAAAUAGUAGCCUCCAUUGAUUAUUACAACAUGUUCACGAGCAUCUUUACAUUGACAAUGAUGAGUAUUGAUCGAUAUAUAGCUGUCUGUCAUCCAGUGAAGGCAUUAGAUUUCCGCACUCCUUUGAAUGCCAAAGUAGUGAAUGUUUUCAUCUGGCUUCUUGCCUCGAUUAUUGGUAUUCCUGCCAUAGUGUUGGGGGCCACAAAAAUAGGAAAUGAUACCAUUGAAUGUGCAUUGCAGUUCCCACAUCCUUACAAUUACUGGGACACAGUGCUGAAAAUCUGUGUGUUCAUCUUUGCCUUUGUUAUUCCCAUCCUUAUCAUCUCCAUAUGCUACAGUUUGAUGAUCUUGCGCCUGAAGAGUGUGAGACUUCUCUCAGGUUCCAGAGAGAAAGACAGAAACUUGCGACGAAUCACACGAAUGGUCCUCAUUGUUGUUGCAGUUUUUAUCAUCUGUUGGACUCCCAUUCACAUUUUUGUGUUGGUUGAGCUUAUGGUAAAGGUGCCAAACACCUCGGCAGUAUCUGCUGGCUAUUACUUCUCAGUUGCUCUCGGAUACACCAACAGCAGUCUUAACCCCAUUCUCUAUGCUUUCCUUGAUGAAAAUUUUAAAAGAUGUUUCAAAGAUUUUUGUUGUUCCUCAGGGCUGAAGUUGGAGUUGCAGACUAGCAACAGGGUAAGGACAGCCACACAGAAUGCUGCAGUUUUUCACCAUAGCCCAGGGAAUACCAACCAGGAGGUAUGACUAGGAGUGGAGAUGUCAUCUUUCUCACAAGAAGUGAGAGAUGACUUCCAAAGUGUAGCACUGACUCAAAUUACUUCUGUGGUUUAGUUCUUGAUGUGGAGAGAAAGAUUCCUCUUGUGAGAAAAUUUAGAACCAGAGGCCACUAUUUAAAAAUGAAUGGUCAAUUAUUAAAGGCAGAUGAAGGGAUUCUUUUUUUUUCUAAGAGACUUUGGCACUCUCUUGCUCAAAAGCCAAUAGAAAUAGAAUUUAUGAAAAAUUUCAAAGUAGAGGUAGGUGGAUUUCACAGAAGGAAGGGAGAUGGGAAUUCUGAGUUGGGAUUAUAAUCAGAUCAAUUAUGAUCUUAUUAAAUUGUAGAGUAGAUAUGAGGCCCUUUAGUUUCUUAAAUAAGAGACUAAAGCAUCUGUUUGCACAGGAAACUAAGUUUUUUUGAUGUUCAUACCUUCAGCACAUGAUUGCUAUUUUACUCUCUAGGCAGUAUUUUAGAAGGGGUCUGCAUUUAGUGGGAAAUGGAGCAUCAAAUUAGUUUGUCAGGUGUAUCACGGUAACUGCUGCAAUGGAUGCAUUUGGAAUCUUUGUGUGAUUCCAGGUAUUAUUUCAAGAGAUGUUAGCCAUAUUUUCGCAAAAAGAAAUCCAAAUGGAAUUAUUGUAAUGGGGUGAGUCUUAUUAGGUCAAGGCUAUUGCCACUGAUUUCUGUCUGUGCUUUUCCCACACCUACUUAACUGCUGCAUGUGAGGGGCCUAUUGUAUUGGCCCAAAGUAUCGCAGAUCCAGUGACGUGGAUUUUGUUUUCCCAAUGGUGUGAUGAGAAUAUUCUUCUCCCAAAUUGCCCUUGAUAGAGAUGAAAGUAACAUAGUUCUCUUGAUGGGAACAGUCAAUAUUGAUAAUUUUACCAAAUUAAGCAAUUUCUACAGACCAUGUUGGUUAUUUUCUUGCUGUUACACUGGACUGGCUCUCAACUGGUUCACAUUUGUCUCAGGCCCUUGAAAGCAUUGAUAUCUGGAAAAGUCCUGCCUGAGGCUUCACCUAAAAACACAUAAUUAAGAACAAUCAUCUGUUUUCCCAUUUAACCACACCUUUGUAAUCUGUAUUAAAAUCAGUGAAAUGUCAGCUCAGGCAAGCAAUACAAAUGCUUUUAACUGCAAUAAGAUUCAGCUUUGAUGCUGGACUCUGCGUGGAAGGUCAAAUUGUACAGAUGGACGUGGCAUCAUCUCUUCCUCCGUAUAUCUGUGUGUGACAAGAUUGCACAGAUAUCUUUGCCUGGCCAGUUAAAUGUGUUGGCGAUACUGUUCAGAGCCUCCGAUAAUUGCCAGCAAGAUGUAGCCCUUUUGCAAAUCUUAAACCAGGUUAAAAAAAGCUAUCAAGUGUCAAUCUUAUAAUGUAUAUAUCAAAACAUGUGUGGCUGUCUCUAUAGCAAUGCAGAUAAACUGAAGAUAAAAUAUGAAAUAUAUGAGACAAAUAAAAAUGUAUAUUUUCACUUACCAAAUUAACUGUGUAAAAAAGAAUGCAUUCAGGAUUUUAAGAGUGCCAGUAAGAUUCUCAGCUGCAGUGUAAAUGUAGCACAGCAUUUACUGAACACAUGGCUCAAAGAUAGUGCAAAUGCUUCUGCACAUUCAUGAAUAGAGAUUCAAAUAACAUAUUGGGGUUUUUUCCCCCAAAGAAAAGUACAUCUGGAUCAGCAAAACAAAUGACAGUUUUUCUCAAAUAAUGUGUAAUGGGAGAGCUUGAAUAAAAUAGUUAUUAAAUUAAUCAUGAGCCAUUUUGCUAAGCCAGGAUGGAAAUCAAAAUUUUCCAUCCGUAAUGUAUAAUAGAAUCUUUGUUUCAUUGGUUAAGUAUCAGUCUCUAUUACAAUUUUAUAUCUUUAACUUUAUUCCAAAUGUAAUCAAAUGUAAUUCCAAAGCUGAAAAUAAGCUUAGCAAAAUAUCAAGUGUUUUGUCUUUCCUGUUACUGUAGCAUAUUCAUGUCCUCACUUUAUUAAAGUGUAGCAUAAUCAAUUUUUGCUGUAUAAUGUGACUGAAAGUACUGAUGUAGUGCUCAGAAUUACAAGUGUGUUUUAUGUAAAGCCCUCCAAUUUUAUUUUUCUUGCUGUUGCAAAUACUUGGCUAUUUUGAUGUAAGGAAAUAUUUAAAGGUUCUUUGAAGUUGUACUCUAAAUUAUGUGUUGUUCUGACUUUAAAAAAUGAUUGUGAAAUUGUAAGUAAAUA